UUUGUAUCAAACGUUUUUCAACUGUUUCGUUAAACAAAUCAUUUUAACUAACUUAAACAAAAUGUUCAAAUUCGCUGUUGUCAUCUUUGCUGUCAUUGCCUGUGCUGCUGCCAAACCCGGUUUAGUUGCUCCUUUGGCUUACACUGCUCCCGCCGCUGUAGUAGCUGCCCCUGCUGGUGUUGUUACUGCCACCAGUAGCCAAGUUAUUGCUCGUAACUACAAUGGUAUUGCCACCGCUCCCGUUGUAGCUCCAGUAGCUACCCCUGUUGUUGCCAAGACUAUUGCUUACACUGCUCCUGUUGCUGCUUAUACCGCUCCAGUUGUUGCCAAAUACGCUGCUGCCUACACUCACCCCUUGGCUUACUCCGCCCCUGUUGUUGCUAAAUACGCCGCCGCUUACUCUCAUCCUUUGGCCUACUCUGCACCUUUGACCUAUGCUGCUGCCCCAGCUCCAGCUGUUGUCAUCUUCGCUGUCAUUGCCUGUGCUGCUGCCAAACCCGGUUUUAUUGCUCCUUUGGCUUACACUGCUCCCGCCGCUGUAGUGGCUGCCCCAGCUGGUGUUGUUACUGCUACCAGUAGUCAAUAUAUUGCCCGCAACCAUAAUGGUAUUGUCUCUACUCCUGUUGUAGCUCCAGUUGCUACCCCUGUUGUUGCCAAGACUGUUGCUUAUACUGCUCCUGUAGCUGCUGCUUAUACCGCUCCUGUUGUAGCCAAAUACGCUGCUGCCUACAAUCACCCCUUGACUUACUCCGCCCCUGUUGUUGCUAAGUACGCUGCUGCCUACUCUCAUCAUUUGGCCUACUCUGCUCCUGGAAAAUGGAAUACCUCUCCCAUGUAUGGGCCAGGUGCUUCGAAAUACAUUUUGGACCCAUUCGACCGCGUACAAGAGUGGUUAUCAUUAACAUUGUCUAACUUGUUAACGUUAAAUCUAAAUCAAAACAAAAUGUUCAAAUACACCGUUGUUAUCUUCGCCUUGAUUGCCUGUGCCGCUGCCAAACCCGGUUUUGUAGCUCCUUUGGCUUAUACUGCUCCCGCUGACGUUGUUGCUGCCCCCGCCGGUGUUGUUACCGCCACUAGUAGCCAAUUUGUUGCCCGUAACCACAAUGGUAUUGCCACCGCUCCCGUUGUUGCUCCAGUAGCUGCCCCUGUUGCUGCCUACACUGCUCCUGUAGCUGCCGCCUACACUACCCCAGUUGUAGCCAAAUACGCUGCUGCUUAUGCUACUCCCUUGGCCUACUCUGCUCCCGUUGCCGCUGCUUACAGCGCUCCUUUGACUUAUGCCGCCACUCCUUUGGCUUAUGCUAAUGCUCAUUUGGAUGCUGCUUAUGCCAGCAGCCGUGUUGACCUCAAGCAAAACUACAACGCUGCUGUCGUUCCUGCCACUUAUGCUGCCGCUCCUGCGAAAUACGCUGCUGCUUACUCUACUCCUUUGGCUUACUCUGCUCCUGUUGCCGCUGCUUACAGCGCUCCUUUGACUUAUGCCGCCACACCUUUGGCUUAUACUAAUUCUCAUUUGGAUGCCGCUUAUGCUAGCAGCCGUGUUGACAUUAAGCAAAACUAUAAUGCUGCUGUCGUUCCUGCUACUUAUGCUGCCGCUGCUGCUGUACCCGUGGCUACUCCUUUGGCUACUCCCGUAGCCCCAGUUGCCCCUGUAGCUCCCAUUAAAUACACUGCUGCUCCAGUUUUGUUGUAAAUUUAGAUUUUGUUAAUA